GCAUUUAGGUCUUACGACGCGCCCAAAGCUCACGCCGGACCUGCUCCUCUCCGACGGCGGCAUCGGCUUCGUGCUCCGCUACUUUCCCAAGGCGUUCAAGCCCCGCCCCCGCCCAGGCCACGAGGUGGACGACCUCGCCAACCUCAUCAAGCUCUACGCGGACUGGCACUCCCGCCUGAUCCCCUACUACUCCUUCGAACAGUUCGUGCGCAAACUCGAGAAAUUGGGUGCCGGCAACCGCGUCAGGAGAUGUGUUUCCGUUCUGGUGCGUUCUUGGUCGCCAGAGGCAGUGAUCCUACGCUUCUGCACGAACCGCCAGUCCAACAGCGGCACAGCCCACGGGCCACGCCCAGUUGAUAUCCCUGAUGGCCUGAUGUCGCAACUCGCAACCCUAGCUCCCAGCCUCCCACUCCCACGCGCUUCAAGUCUUCCCAGGCGGCCGGCGGCGUACUCCCAGAGUCCCAGACGGCCAAUCUUCCCAGCAUCGGGUGGCGUCCUCACUCCAGGCGGCAGGCGGCUGCACCGCCGCAGUCACGAACUCACGCGCACCGCGGGCCCGCGGCAGCGCGCACACGCGCACACGCGCACGGCGCACCAGCAGCCGUGAGCCGGCCAGUCCGGCAGUCCCAGCCUCCCAGGCGGCCAGUCCUCCCAGUCCCAGUCCCAGCUGCCUAGGUCUGCCGCCUGUCUUGACCCCACCCACUGGCCACUUCCCCUCCUGUCCGUUCCCAAAUCCCGUCCCCUCCACCCGCACUCCAUUGGCGCCGCUCCCCUCCCCUCGCCGCCGCCGGAGAUCUGAUCCGAUCCGUUUGUGCUUGUGCUGGACGAUGGUGGGCCUCUCUGAAGGGGAGAAACACUUCAUCCGCGGCGGCAUUGCACAAGACGUUCGCACUGAUGGACGUAGGCGGCUGCAGUUCCGGUCCCUCUCCGUCCAAACCGGAGUCAUUCCACAGGCGAAUGGCUCAGCGCGUGUUAGGUUGGGGGCCACUGAAAUAAUCGCUAGUGUCAAGGCUGAACUAGGAAAACCAAGCAUUCUUCACCCUGACAAAGGAAAAGUUGCUAUUUUUGUCGACUGUAGUCCAACCGCUGAGCCUCUGUUUGAGGGUAGAGGCUCUGAAGAAUUGUCUGCUGAGCUCUCUGUUUCCCUGCAAAGAUGCUUGUUGGGUGGUAAAAGCGGUGCUGGUGCUGCAAUUGAUCUGUCAUCCCUAAUUGUUGUUGAUGGAAAGGUCUGCUGGGAUCUGUACAUUGAUGGGCUUGUGGUCAGUUCUGAUGGUAAUUUGCUAGAUGCGCUAGCUGUUGCGAUAAAGGUUGCUUUGAGUGAUACAGGUAUACCAAAAGUUAAUGUUUCUGUUAGUGCUGCAUCUGAUGAGGAACCUGAAGUUGAUGUAAGUGAUGAGGAAUUUCUGCAGUUCGACACAUCCGGUGUGCCUGUUAUUAUUACAUUAACCAAGGUGGGUCGGCACUACAUCGUUGAUGCCACCUCAGAGGAAGAAUCCCAGAUGAGUUCUGCAGUGUCGGUGUCAGUCAACAGGCAUGGCCAGAUAUGCGGGCUUACCAAGAGGGGAGGGGCAGGGCUGGAUCCAAGCGUCAUCUUCGACAUGAUAUCUGUCGCCAAGCAUGUGAGCCAGCAGUUCAUCUCCCUCUUGGAUUCAGAGAUUGCCGCCGCCGAAGCUGAAGAAGAGGCUCAGUGAUUGAUGAAAAGGAAAAAGGACUGGUUGCGUAAAUGCUCGUGUGUUCCAACUUCAACCAAAUGCUGUAGAAAUCUUCAGGAACACUCUAUAUUUACAAAGUCAUUUUGCUCUCUAUAUUUACAAAGUCAUUUUGCUCUCUAUAUUUACAAAGCAUGAAUGAAGAUACCCAAGAACACUCCCGCACCUAGGAGAAGCAGUCUGCAAGUAAUGGUCUAAGGCACUCAGCCUCUGAUGACUCAUUGAUGAGGAUAUCACUUCAAUACAUACAAUAUAUGGAUCGAUACCCAUCCAGAGUUAAUGUCA